UCAAGGAGCGGCCUCAGGACGCUCCAAACAGUCCUAGCUGGGCAAAGUGUUCCACCGCCCGGGUCUGACUGGCACACCGGGCAGGACUCCGGGCAGCGGCACACUGGGCAGGACUCCGGGCAGAGGCCCAUCGGGCAGCGGCACAGCGGGCAGAGGCACACCGGGCAGAGGCACAUCGGGCAGAGGCACUCCGGGCAGAGGCACAUCGGGCAGAGGCACUCCGGGCAGAGGUACAUCGGGCUGCACUCCGGGCAGAGGCACAUCGGGCUGGACUCCGGGCAGAGGCACAUCGGGCUGGACUCCGGGCAGAGGCACAUCGGGCUAGACUCCGGGCAGAGGCACAUCGGGCUGGACUCCGGGCAGAGGCACAUCGGAUCACCAGGCGAAGCAGCAGGCACCGGGGCCACCAGGUGGAGCAGCAGGCACCGGGCCCCCAGGCAGGGCGACAGGCACCGGGCCCCCAGGCGGGGCGACAGGCAUCGGGCC